AUGGAACCACCAAAGAAACAAAUCAAGCUAGGGAGUAGUAGCUCCAAUGCAAGAGCAGAAACACCAUCACCACCACAUUCCAUUGAUGCAAUCAAGAACAUGUGGAGAGUCCAAGAAGAGAAGAUGAUUGGGCACUUGAAGCUAGGCUUGAGCAAGCUAUUCAAGAUAGAGUGCAGCGAGUACUCAAUGCUAACCAAGGAGUUCCUCUCCACAGUAGCUCUUGCCUUUCCCAACCACAAUGGAGACCAACCAGCUGCACAUGACUUCAAGGAGAACUCAAAGAGGAAACAAGCUGCCUUUGCUGAUUGGACACACUUUGCCAAUGAACCAUUCUUGCCUUCAAGAUCAAAGGUGUCUAGAAUCACUCAUCCAGCCAUUCGCUAUGUGCACCGCCUCAUCUCCACCACUUUCCAAUGCAAACAAGAAGCCAACAAGGUCACAACUGAUGAGUUCUACAUCCUCACCACACCAUUCAUCAAGCAUGAGUACAAGGCCAACCUUGGCCUUUUGCUUGCCAAGACACUUAUCAAUGUGAGGAAUCUAGCUCAAGACUUGGAAGGCAACAAGAAGCUUUGUGUUCGCUUUGGGAGGCUCAUCACGGCCAUAGUACAACAUGUGGGGAUUGACAUUCCCAACUAUGAGCCACUACCCAAGCCAAUCCCUUUGGAUCUCCAUGCCCUUCAGCAAAUCCACUUCCUAAACCGUUGGACUAAAGACCCAACCAAGUUUUGGACCAACCAACACUUCCUUGUCUUGCUGCCACAUGAAGAUAUCCCAAGCCUACGCUCAGGUGUUGUCACUUUCCAGCCCAAGGAGGAAGACUUCUAUGUUCCAUCAAGUGAGAAACCAUUGAUGUACUUGCAUUUUACAUAG